AUGUGUUGCUGCUGCUGUGAUUGUUGUGACUUUAUUUUAACGGUACUUGCCUUUAUUUGCCCGCCUCUUACAGUUGGUAUCAAGCGUGGUUUCUGCUCAUGCGAUUUUCUUAUUAAUAUCGCCUUAUGCCUUCUUGGUUAUGUUCCUGGACUUAUACAUGCUUGGUACAUUGUUCUUACAGAUGACGACCGCGUUCAGGAUGAUCUUGAAAGGCAAAUAUUUGUUGUUUCUCCAACGCAAACUAUAAUGGUUCAACCUCAGCCUUGUACUGUUACAUUUACACAUCCAGAACCAUUUGGAACCAGCAAAACCAACUCUUCGUCACUAAAUCCACCCACGGCUCAACAUGAUAACUUAAGUCCGCUUUCAUCUCCUCGGGCACAUAUGUCAAAACAUGAAGAGGCAAAUACUUCUGCAGCGUAUGGUUCAACAGAUCAAAACGAUGUGCCACAAGAAGCUCCACCAAGUUACGAUACAGUUAUGAAGGAAACUGCCCAAAAAUACGGUCAUUCGUGA